GGAGCCCGGGCCGGCCGACGGGCAGCAUGCCUGUCCGCCGGGGCCACGUGGCACCGCAGAACACCUUCCUGGGCACCAUCAUACGGAAAUUCGAAGGGCAAAAUAAAAAAUUCAUCAUUGCAAAUGCCAGAGUGCAGAACUGUGCCAUCAUCUACUGCAAUGAUGGAUUUUGUGAAAUGACUGGCUUCUCCAGACCAGAUGUCAUGCAGAAACCAUGCACCUGUGAUUUUCUCCAUGGGCCAGAGACCAAGAGGCACGAUAUUGCCCAAAUUGCCCAGGCAUUGUUGGGGUCAGAGGAGAGGAAAGUGGAAGUCACCUAUUACCACAAAGACGGAUCCACCUUUAUUUGCAACACUCACAUAAUCCCAGUGAAAAACCAAGAAGGAGUGGCCAUGAUGUUCAUUAUUAACUUCGAAUAUGUGACCGAUGAGGAGAAUGCCGAUUCCCCAGAGAGGCUAAACUCGCUAAUGAGAGCCAAGCCCAUAAAUCGCAAACUUUUUGGGUUCAGGUUGCCAGGCCUGCGACUUCUAACUUAUAGAAAGCAGUCUUUACCCCAAGAAGACCCCGAUGUGGUAGUGGUUGAUUCAUCCAAGCACAGUGAUGACUCAGUGGCCAUGAAGCACUUUAAAUCUCCUACAAAGGAAAGCUGCAGCCCUUCUGAAGCAGAUGACACAAAGGCACUGAUCCAACCCAGCAAAUGUUCUCCCUUGGUGAAUAUAUCAGGACCCCUUGACCAUUCCUCUCCCAAACGGCAAUGGGACCGACUUUACCCUGACAUGCUGCAAUCAAGUUCCCAGCUGACCCACUCCAGAUCAAAGGAAAGUCUUUGCAGUAUCCGGAGGGCUUCCUCAGUGCACGAUAUAGAAGGAUUCAGUGUCCAUCCCAAGAGCAUUUUUAGAGACCGCCAUGCAAGCGAAGACAAUGGUCGCAUUGUAAAAGUUUCACGUUCCUGGAUAACAGGGGGGCCUUUUAAUCAUAUCAAGUCAAGUCUCCUGGGAUCCACUUCUGAUUCAAACCUCAACAAGUACAGCACCAUCAACAAGAUUCCUCAGCUCACUCUGAACUUUUCAGAUGUCAAAACUGAAAAAAAGAAUACAUCGCCUCCUUCUUCUGAGAAAACCAUUAUUGCACCUAAGGUUAAAGAUCGAACACACAACGUGACAGAGAAAGUUACCCAGGUUCUCUCCUUGGGAGCAGACGUCUUGCCAGAAUAUAAACUACAGACACCUCGUAUCAACAAAUUUACUAUAUUGCACUACAGUCCUUUCAAGGCAGUCUGGGACUGGGUUAUUUUAUUGCUGGUCAUAUACACUGCUAUAUUCACCCCUUAUUCUGCGGCCUUCCUCCUUAAUGACAAAGAAGAACAGAAGAGACGGGAGUGUGGAUAUUCUUGCAGCCCUCUGAAUGUGGUAGACUUAAUUGUGGAUAUUAUGUUCAUCAUCGAUAUUCUGAUAAACUUCAGAACAACAUAUGUAAACCAGAAUGAAGAAGUGGUAAGUGAUCCAGCAAAAAUAGCGAUUCACUACUUCAAAGGCUGGUUCCUCAUUGACAUGGUUGCGGCCAUACCAUUUGACUUGCUGAUUUUUGGAUCUGGCUCUGAUGAGACAACCACCCUAAUUGGCCUUUUGAAGACUGCCAGGCUCCUGCGAUUGGUGCGAGUGGCCCGGAAACUGGACCGAUACUCUGAAUAUGGUGCUGCGGUGCUGAUGCUUCUCAUGUGCAUCUUUGCUCUGAUCGCACACUGGCUUGCUUGCAUUUGGUAUGCAAUUGGGAAUGUAGAAAGGCCUUACCUGACUGACAAAAUUGGAUGGUUGGAUUCCUUAGGACAACAGAUUGGAAAACGGUACAAUCAGAGCGACGCAAGCUCUGGGCCAUCCAUUAAGGACAAAUAUGUCACAGCACUUUAUUUUACCUUCAGCAGUUUAACCAGUGUAGGAUUCGGCAAUGUGUCUCCUAACACCAAUUCGGAGAAAAUCUUUUCCAUUUGUGUCAUGUUGAUUGGCUCACUAAUGUAUGCAAGUAUUUUUGGAAAUGUGUCUGCAAUUAUCCAAAGACUGUAUUCGGGGACCGCCAGGUACCACAUGCAGAUGCUCCGGGUCAAAGAAUUCAUUCGCUUUCACCAAAUCCCCAACCCGCUGAGACAGCGGCUCGAGGAGUAUUUCCAACACGCAUGGACUUACACCAAUGGCAUUGACAUGAAUAUGGUCCUAAAGGGGUUUCCAGAAUGCCUGCAAGCUGACAUUUGUCUACACCUCAACCAGACUCUGCUCCAGCACUGCAAAGCUUUUCGAGGGGCAAGUAAAGGUUGCCUUCGAGCUUUGGCGAUGAAAUUUAAGACCACCCACGCACCUCCAGGUGACACACUCGUUCACUGUGGGGAUGUUCUUACUGCACUUUACUUCCUCUCCAGAGGCUCCAUUGAAAUCCUCAAGGAUGACAUUGUGGUAGCUAUUCUCGGCAAAAAUGAUAUAUUUGGAGAGAUGGUACAUCUUUAUGCAAAACCUGGGAAAGCUAAUGCAGAUGUAAGAGCUUUAACAUACUGCGACUUGCAUAAGAUCCAGCGGGAAGACCUGUUGGAAGUUUUGGAUAUGUAUCCCGAAUUUUCUGAUCACUUUCUCACCAAUCUAGAGCUGACUUUCAACUUAAGGCAUGAAGGUCCAAAGGGCGAUCUCACCAAGUCACAACCCACCAAUGAUUUAGAUGAAGAAAACUGCAAACUUCGGAGGAGAAAACUGUCUUUUGAAAGUGAGGGGGAGAAAGCCAAAGUGCCCUCUGCAUCACGGGCCAGGACUUCCGAGAGAUCGGGAAGUGUGCCGACGAAUGGAAUUCAGCUCCCCCAUCUAUGGACGCCUGGAAUCUGCUGGGCCGAGGGAGCCCCUCAAAAGACCAAGCAUGCUUCGGUGACCUUUAAAACAUGUGAAAAAUCUCCAUGGGGAACACAGAAGAGUGGAGGAGGAGAAGGAAGUCUGAAUAAUGUAGAUUAUGGCAAAGGAAUCAGCAUAAAUGAUCCUGGAGAUAGUGUUGAUGCCACCCGACGUUACCAGUGUUCCAAGAAACUUUUUGAAGAAAAGAAAAGUGGAUCAUCAUCUUUCACCUCCUCCAUUGAUGAUGAACAGAAACCUCUCUUUUCUGGGAUGUCAGAUUAUCCUUCGGGAACCAGAAAAGCAAGUAGACUAGAUUUUGAAGAAACAGCACCGACCUCAGAAAAAAUCCACGCUGUCAAAAGAAGUCACUCUUACAGAGACGUCACUGAUACAAGAAACUGGGAACGAGAAAAUUCCCGAGCACAGCAGGAUGCGUCUAGUCCUUCAGCCUUACACCGUGUUACGUGGGGAAUCUGUGAAACGGAAAGCGAUCUCACGUAUGGAGAAGUGGAGCAGCGGCUAGAUCUGCUUCAAGAACAGCUCAACAGGCUGGAAUCACAAAUGACCGCUGAUAUUCACACCAUCCUGCAGCUACUGCAGCGGCAAGCUACCGUAAUCCCCCCAGCUUACAAUAUGGUAACAGCAAGCGCAGAAUGUCAAAGACCAACUCUCAGAGUGAUGAGGACUCGUCAUCCUGUAGCUUCUAUUAAAACAGACAGAAGUUUCAGUCCAUCAUCACACGGCCCAGAAUUCCUAGACCUUGAGAAAUCGAAACUUAAAUCCAAAGAAUCCCUCUCCAGUGGGGUGCAUCUGAACACAGCCUCGGAGGACAACUUGGCUUCUCUUUUAGAACAAGAACAUGACCGGUCUUUAGAGUUUCACCCUCGGCAUUGUAAAACUUACCUUCACCCAAUUAGGCACCCUUCUUUGCCUGAUUCUUCCCUAAGCACUAUAGGAAUCUUGGGUCUCCAUAGGCAUGUUUCUGAUCCUGGUCUUCCUGGAAAAUGAUCAUUUUAUACUAUUUACUUCACAUAAAAUGUAAGUGCUUUUAAUGGCUGUUUUCCUUUUUGUAUUUAAAUCCUCUAUACUUGACUC